ACAGGUGCAUCAUGUGUAUAUGCGUUACUGGGUGCAAGGCAGUGUGGCUGGAGAUUUUUAGCAACUGAUGCCGAUCCAUCAGCUGUUCAGGUUGCAACUGCAAAUGUACAGCGGAAUAAUUUAAGCGAAAGAAUUGAAGUUGUUCGAGUAAAUGCGGAUAGUAUGAUCAAGGAGAUUGUUCGUUCCCGUCCGGAUGCUGAUUUCACUUUUUGCAUGUGUAAUCCUCCAUUUUAUGAAUAUGACGAAUUUGAAGAGCGGUAA